AUGGAUGAAGAAUGUUUCGCAGGAGGGUCACGUAAACGGCACACCGGCACCGACACAUAUGCUGGCACCCCAACCAAACGCAAACGUCAAUCCAUGAACAAGUAUGAAAGCGACGCCAAAGCUCAUCCAUCGAAAGGCACCUUGUCCGCUCUUGAUCAGAAAGUUGCAUCUCUAGCUUUCGACUUGAAUCUUUCCAGUGCUGAAUACCAAAGGAUCGUUGAGCUGGUACAAUUUACACUCGAUGACCAACAACCAUCAGAUGCCCGGUCGCUUUCGGUUGACACGUUGCAAAAGCUCAAAGGAAAAUUACGUCGAGAAGCUGACCCGUGCUCCAUACUGCCAUUUACUCAUGUGGACAUUGAUCCUACGCAUGUCCCAGAUUUUCCACUGGAUCAUCUUGAUGAAUUCAACAGCAAUAUCGGACCACUAUCGCUAGAGUAUCGAGACAUCCGUGACCUAUGCGAGCAUCUAUUCUCUCAUCCAGCAUUUGCCGAUACAAUGAUUUUGCAACCGAAAACGUAUACAAGGAAUGAAGAACGUGUUUACAAAGGACUUGAUUCAGGGGAAUGGUGGAACAAGCUUCAGAAUGCUUUUUGGGAGGUACCUCUUUUCGAUAUUUACAAUUCGCUUGCCGUGGACGACCUCCAUCAACUCGGUGGAGUAUACAAACAUCUUCUUCAAUGCAUGGAGACGUCAAUGACUGAAACAAGUGAUGGCAAAAUGAAAAUGGCAAUGAUCAAUGAAAGAGCAAAGAAGCUUCCACCAUUUGAAAACCUGAGACGGUUCAGCAGCGGUUUCCUAUUAAGUUCAUUGAAAAACCCAACGUAUACCGAGAUGCGCGAUCAUAUGGGGAUUCUUAUGUGUCUUGUUCAUGAUGUGAUACCUCUGCAGAUGGCACUUACUUUUCGACAUUUUAUUGACUUCUAUUGGCAAGCUACUGCGAAAGAGCAUUCAGAAAGCACGCUCAAGGAUAUGGAUCAAUCUUUGAUGAAUUACUACAAAUACAGCGCGAUUAUGGAAAAAUACUCCAAGUGUGGUAUGAAGUUUCCGAAGAAUCAUUCCCUGCUCAAAUAUGCCAAUGAUAUAACGCAAUAUGGUGUCAUCUCAAAUUUCAGUACAACUCAUUCCGAACGGCAGCAUCAAUGUGAUUCGAAAGAUCCCGCAAAGCAUCUCAACCAUGCACAAGGUACCGCCACGAAGCAGAUGAGCGAUUACAUUUAUCAUCGCGACUUGUUGGAUGAUGAAUACUAUUCUCCAGAAGCAAUCACACCAGCUAAAAUUUGGCCGCCGGAACCAAUUCACAAGCUUUCUUCAAAAGUAUUCAACAAACCUGUCAGCAUUUCUGAAUUGGCCAAGAUGAGACCCGCUUGCCUCCACCUUGAGCAUUUGAUUAUGGUAUACCUUGUAAGUCAUCCUUGCCAGCAUACUACUACAGAUAUCAAUGAUAUGAGAAACGAUUUUGAGAAGAUGAUUGACAUAUAUCAGCAACUGACGAUCGAGGAGGGUGACGAGGAUGGCGGGUAUUGCAAAAGUGUUGUUCGAGCCCACCCAUCUUUUUUUGGAAACGAGCGCUAUGAUUAUGUACAAGUGGAUCGAGGCGGUAUCGGACAAGCAUUGAUGUUUUUCAAGCUCAAAUUGCUUAAUGGAAAAGACGAUCAAGACGAAAUUGUUGAGCUAUGUUUGCUGAAGUGGAUCAAAACUGCAUUUGUUGCCCAUGCAAGCGGAUUACAAGCCUUGAAGCCCAGUUGCAAUGUUGAUAUCAUGUCUGUCGACUCGAUCCUACGUCCAAUACAUGUCGUCCCUGAUUUCUCCACAGCUUACACAUCCGAGGAUGGAUCCGAGUCAUAUGGCCAAUACUUAAAAAACCAUGACGUGAACAGGUUUGAGUGGUCUCUUGGCACAGGUCGUUUGUUGUCAAUCGAGGAAGAAGAUUUUGUUGAUUGGGAAGAAGACAAGGAUAUUACAAAGAGGGUUUUGCAAGACAUGUUUAUCAUGCGAGAAGAUGAUCUUAGUGACGAAACCGAUGAAGACUAUAUUGACGAAGAGGAUUCUGAUUUUGAUGCCAGGCGGGGAUUACCGAUAGACAUGUAA